AUGGAGUACUUGGAAAUUGCCGAUGAAGAAGAGCUCACUGAUGAGCUUAUCAAUGCUCCAGGUGACAGUAUCUGGUGUCGAAAAGAAAAAAAAAUAGCAACAGAAGUUGGACCCAAGUUCAGAGUCACCAUGAGAGUCCAAGACAGCACAGGCAGUGCCUCUUUUGUAAUGUGGGAUAGAGAAGUCCAGAAGCUACUUCGUUUGUCUGCCCAUGAUAUCCGUCAAAGACAACUGAAUAAUAAUGAUGAUGAGACUUACCCGCAUGAACUUGAAGGGUUGCUAAAUGUGAAAGUUGCAUUUAAGAUAAAAAUAGACAAAUACAAUGUGAAACAUAAGGGCAGUGCUUAUACUGUCAACAAGAUGUGUGAUGAUCCUAAUAUCAUUGCGGAGUUAGAAGAUGAAGAAAACGACAAUGAGGUUCAGCAACAAGAAGCCAUGCCAGAAAUUGUGUCAGCUCUUAAGCUUGUUGAGGAGUCGCAAGGUGGACCAGAUUCAAAGGAUGCUUUCUCUGUUACUGGCGAUUCUUUAGCCGUCGAGAUUGAAAAAGAUUGUGAGACCAGCCCUUUGCAAAAGCGACCUAAUGACACUCCAGGUGUUGAAUAA